AUGGAUAUCAAGAGGCUGAUCAGAGCUCAUUCAAGUGCUAUCCGACCUGAUUUGACAGCCCCCAACAAGCUAUUACGGCUUAAGUUCUCUCUUGAACAGAUUGAGUAUGAUAGAAUAUGCAUGGCCCUAAAGUUUAAGCCUAUGCACAAUGUAGUGCAUAUUGAUGAGAAGUGGUUCUAUAUCACCAAGACAAACCACAGAUUUUACUUAACACCACAAGAAACUGAACCACAUCGCACAUGUAAGAGUAAGAAGUUCAUCACUAAGGUUAUGUUUAUGUGUGCGGUGUGUAGACCAAUUUUCGACACAGAUGGGAGUGUGUUGUUUGAUGGCAAAAUAGGAAUCUUUCCUUUCACUGAGAUGGUGCCAGCCAAGAGAUCAAGCAAGAACAGGCAGGCUGGAACAUUAGAAGAGAAGACAAUUCAGUCCAUCACUAAAGAAGUGAUCAAGGACUGCAUCAUCAAUAAGAUUAUUCCAGCAAUAAAGGCAAAAUGGCCUGCAAAUGCAAGCAAAACAAUCUUCAUUCAACAAGAUAAUGCUAAGCCGCAUAUUAAAGACAGUGAUCCAGAUUUUAGGGCUGCUGCAACAGCCGAUGGCUUUGAUAUUAGGAUUGUCCAUCAACCUCCAAAUAGCCCUGACACCAACAUCAAUGACUUGGGUUGGUUUAGGGCUAUUCAAAGCUUGCAAGUGCAAUCAGUUUGCUCAAACGUGGAAGAUUUAGUUAAAGCAGUUCAGGUUUCAUUCAAUGAGCUAAGUCCUAACACAUUGAAUGCUGUUUUCUUGAGUUUACAGGGUUGCUUAACUGAGAUAAUGAAAGUGAGAGGGCAAAACAGUUACAAGCUCCCACAUAUGAAGAAAGGAGUGCUUGCAAGACAAGAUGCACUUCCAUUGACUUUGGAAGUGCCAAAACAGCUAGUGGAAGAGUGCAUUCAGUACUUGCUUGACAAAGGAGUAGUUGAAGGUAUUCCCCAACUGAAAGAAGCUUUGGGAAUAGACACUUGUAGUAUUAGAUCAAUGGAGGCUGCCUUCAAUCAACUCAUGUUGAUUGAGACUGCCUGCAUUGGUUAG